UUCAAUUAACCAUUCGUCUCAACCUUUAAGCCUCGCAAUGGCGGAACCCUAAGCUAAUCCCGCGCUCCCCACCUCGCGCAGCGCGGAUGGACCAGCCGGCGUCGGACCCCGGCGGCUGCCUCGAGGUCCGCCUCUUCUACCUGCGACUCUCACCUCGUAUCACCGGAGCCGCCGCCCCGCCCAGCCUCGCGCUGGCCAUCCACCUCGCCGGCGGCGAGGCCUCCCUCUCCUCCCUCCCUCUCCGCCUCGACCGCCGCGACCCCGUCUCCGGCGAGGCCACCUACGUAUCCACCGCGGCCGCGCGCCUCCCCCCGCCCGAGGCCACUUUCGAGGUCGCGGACCACCGGGGCACCGCCCUCCUGCGGGGCUCCCUGCGCCGGCGCACUGACUCGAAGGCCGAUUCCCCCGCCUGGGCGAUCGACUGCGUCCCCUCCGCUGGAGCGGCGGCCUCAGCCUCAGCCUUUGAGGUCUAUGUUGCUGGGUGCUGCGCAGGCGAGCCAGCCGUCCUCACGCACGCACUGCGGCUCGCCACCCCUGAAGAAGCUGCAGGCGGGCUGGUUCGCCGGCGAUCAACGACUUUGACGGCUAUGGGUGAUGAAGAUGACAACGACAUGAACAUAGGAACCAGGCCAUACCCUGAAGGUUGGUACUCCGAGGACGAGGACGGGCAACUUACAUGGUUCAAUGCUGGUGUUAGGGUUGGCGUCGGGAUUGGCCUGGGAGUCUGUGUUGGAGUUGGCAUAGGUGUUGGGCUCCUCAUGAGCUCCUACCAGGCAACGGCAAGGAACUUGAAGCGACGGUUCUUCUGAAACUGUCAUGGCAAAGACACCCGGCCACAGAUGGCCAGUAGAGACAGCCCAUCCAGUACUGUUCAGAGUGAAUUGUUGUAUAGAGUUGUUGGAUUUGCUGUUCGUCUUUGCUGCUUGUGCAGAGUUUUUGGCUUGUGUACAUCAUCGUCACUCUCACCAUGUAUAGAACAGUGAAGGUGCUCCCUGGACUUGUGAAAAAAAAUUGUCAGGAGCGUUCUCAAGAUGGAGGAACUGCAACAAUGGCGUUCUUCUGUACACUUACAAAUGUAACUGCUAUGAGCUGACAUUGUUGGAGUUUUUUUUUUGGGGGGGACAA